AACGGCCAUUACCUGACCAUGCGCCGUUGUUGCUAAAUACUCCCGAUCUGCAUCCUGCUUUCCCAGGAAACUCGAGGCUUCCAUCUCAUUGCUUUCUAUUCAUCCAGCCCGGUCCGCCUUUCAUCCAGCUCGUGCCAUCGAAAUAUCCAUUUGGCUGCCUCUCAAGGUCGAGCCUGCAUAAAGUCUUCGUCCCGCUUGCAGAACCCUACCCAACCUCCGUUACUGGUGAUCCUUCCAAAAAAGACAGAGAAAAAAAAGGUAGCCACCAACAAACGCCUUUGUCGGCGAGCCGCCCGGUUCUCGCCUCGCCUCGCCUCUCAUCACAGUCACAACGUCAUUAGACGCCCAACGUUGACGACCAUUCUCCCCUCUCCAUCGCACCGUCCUGCCUCGGCCCGCACGCAGCCAGCCCUCGCAGGUUGCUUGACGGAAAUUGCCAGACAAAUCUGGAGUUGUGCCGCCUGCAACAAUCUGGGUUCUCACGCGCCCUUCAUCCUUCCACUCACCUUCCCCUUGUCGACAUAUCUUUCUUCAUUGGGAAAUCUUUCUACCAUCUACUCAUCUACCCAUCCACCUGCAAACGUGACCACCUGAGCAACCUUACCUUGCACACCUUACCUUACCCUGAGGCCGACUAAACAACAUCCGAGGCGGAAAGCCAGCCUUCACGCCCACCGCAUCAAUUCGGGGCUUCCUUUAUUAGCCUUGGAAGUCUGCAUGUCUUGGCCUUACUUUGGACACCACGGUUCGAAUCGCUGCAACCCUUCAACCUAAGCCGGCUAAGACCGACUUGGCCCACCCAUAUCGGGUUCUGGUGACUCCCAGGACGUCUAGGUUAUCGCGCCUCGUCGCCGUCUACCUCUGCCUACCUUAGCCGUUCGCCCACCGGAUUACAAGCACCAUUAGAUUCAACCAUACGUCACAUCACCUUCAUUUAACAUUGGCAGCCGGGAGCAGGUCCACGAGCUUUCACAUCAGGUCACGGAAGCGUACUUUAGUCAAGUCAUCCACGUCUGCCAAAGAGAUUCAUCAUAGUCGGGACGAGCGCCGUUGUAUUGAAUAACCGCCUCGUAGGCUGGUCCUUGUCGAAAAUCACCCUUCGCCGCCGCCGCCACGCUCCCAUCUCAUCCCUGCUACCGCCGCCGUUGCUGUCGUCAGUGGAUUGACUUCCAUGCCGCUGCCGCACAUAACGUACUGCAAAGGCACUCACACCGGAACUCAGGUGCACCGGCACCCGGUGGACAUACAAUUUCGUCCCUGAUCGCAGCCCUUUCUCGCGCCUAUCGUGGACAGAUCCACAUGAUCCGGUAGAAGCAAACGAAUGAAACCCCAGUUGUUGAUCUUGUAACCGCUGCAGACCCUGUCAACGCGGUUAUUCCCAGUCGUCUUUUCAUCCCCAACCGCCAAUUCUUGCGACUCCAAAUUCGGCACUGUUCAUUCUACAGCUUGUGCCCCUCCCCUCCCGACCCCGGUCCCUCGACCCCAAGCUUGAGCCGGAUCCAGGGUACUCAGUCACUUCCACGACCCAUCAACCCUCACCAUCCCGUCUUUCUCUGGUGGGGACCUACUAUACCUUACCUUACCUCACGGGCUGCUCGAGGUACCUACCUCUUCCGGCCCCAAAGGGACAGACCAGGCCAGGCCAAGCGUCACCUGCGCUCUUCUUUUCUGGUUCCCGCCCGCCGCCUGCACUGUCUGCACCUGCAUCUGCGCCGCAACUUGCUCUCAGUUCCAGUGUCGUCGCCCGCCAACGAGAAACCAGCGACGCCCAUCGAGCCUCUCUCUCUCUGUCUCUCCCGCCCCCAUCAUCGCACAGAGCAGAGCAGCAACCUGUGCCGCCAUCUCCCACGUCGAUGCCAGCGACAUUUGACUUGCGACAUUUGGUCGGUUACCACGGGUCAUACGAGACAUUUUUAUUUCCAAUUUUCAAAGGCGUCUGAGCGCAUCGAAUACUUAAGCAUCCAAAUCACAACUCCGCACCCAUCCUUCAUCCCUCUCCGUCUCUCACCGUAUCGACGACUCUUCCGAACGAAAUAGCAAUCGCCACGCCACCGACCUUUCUCCGUUGCGCAACCUCUAUUGCCGUCACGCUAUAUCCGCAUCCAAGAUCAGCACACGUUGGCGACACCUCUUUUGGCCACCUACGCAUACUAUACCACCUCCUCCACACCAGCGCAUCGCGCUCAUUAUACCACCAUGGCGGGGCUUUUCCGGAAAGUGUACGACUGGCUGUUGAGGACGUUCUGGGCGACAGAGAUGGAUGUGACGAUGAUCGGUCUCCAAAAUGCGGGUAAGACGUCUCUACUCCGCGUCCUUGCAGGCGGCGAGUUCACCAUCGACUCGAUCCCGACGGUCGGAUUCAACAUGAAGCGGGUGCAACGAGGACACGUUACAUUGAAGUGUUGGGAUAUUGGUGGCCAGCCCCGAUUUCGAACGAUGUGGGAAAGAUACUGCCGUGGCGUCAACGCUAUCGUCUUCAUCGUCGAUAUCGCUGAUAUGGACUUGCUACAGCAAGCUCGGGAGGAGCUUCAUGCUCUCAUGGACCAAGCUUCUCUGAGGGAAAUCCCGCUCCUUGUUUUGGGGAACAAAUCGGACCUCCCACAGAAGUUAUCGGUGGACGAGCUGAUCGAUGCGCUUGACCUCAAGUCCAUAGGCCACCGCGAGGUCUGCUGCUACGGCAUCAGCGCCAAGGAGGAGACCAACUUGGACGCUGUGCUACAGUGGCUGAUGAAGUGGGCGAACAGGUGAUGCGUAAUACUGACGCGCGUUGGGUGCCUCGAUCCGCCGCGUUUCCAGUUGUCCCGCCCUGCCGUUCCUUCUCGAUCGUAUCCCUCUUGGGCUUCCGGGCUAGUGGGUUCGAAGGGGCAAUACUAAUACUGAAGACGAGGGGGAGUUAUCCGGCAUGGUGUUCGGUGUCGAGACGUCGUUGUGUCGAAAUUGUCCUCCAAAUCGCGGAUCUUCUGACGUUGUUAGUUGGUCUGCGAUAGCAUUAGCAGCAGUAAGCGUGCCAAGUCCCCCAUGGCGUUUUCACCAUGUCCCAUAUACCGGAGCGGGAGGGAAGGGGACUGUUUUUAAGCGAUAAUUUGGACGGCAUGUCUGGAAGCAGGGCGCUUGCCUUUGAUUUUGAAGUUAGGACGCCGGAAUUUCCAGUCAUUUAAAGGUCAUCCAACCUAGAAAUGCUGGUACGCGGCACCGCUCAAGCGAGAAAUAGCAACGUAGAAAGGAGCAGAGCGGGGUAUAAGUGGGUGGCCAUGACGAUGCUACGAAAGUAGACGAAUGAAUAUCAUGACUGAUGUACGAUCGCUUGAUCUCCUGUCCAUGUUUGAUUUGUAUGAGGUUUACGCUGCCACGCCAAAGCUCUGCGUAUAUGAAGAAGGUGAUGCAGUCCACCAUAAAAUCGACAUGAGCUGGUCUGACCCACAGCACCGGUGUGUGGUGGUGUUGAGAAAGAAUGAGGUACAAGAAUUGAGAGAGUUAGGAGAGGGGUAGACGACAGAAGAGAUAGAAACCAAAGUAAAGACCGUGGGAUGUCUCGAGAUGAAAAGUAAAGAGAGGAAAGAGAGGGGUCAAAAGAGGGAGGAAAAAGAUAUCAAGUUUUUCGUCAGUCUCUAUUUUCCUCUCUCUUUCUCGUUCAGCAGUGGCA